CCCCGAUGCACCCCAGUCGCAUACCACUUGGCCAGGCGAGUCACUCGGCAACCCCCCAUUAGUUCUCUCAAUCGCGUCUAUCCUCGUGCUUCUCGAUUCACCUUUAAACGACACUAUCCUAAAUACGUGACACUCUACGUCUCUUCGUUCGACGAUCGUUCAAGGGUAACGUGCACUACUACGACUUUUCUUCCAGUCCUGCCGGAUCGAUCGGUCUGGAUUAAGCCUUCCAGGUAGCAGGGAGCCGGGACGAACGCGUCGAACCGUCGCGAUGGCACGGUCGAAUAGUGAUCGAGGUUAACAACGCUGUGACACGGUUUUUAUCGUCACCGGUUACCAGAGUGAGUGAGAGGAUGCCUCUUGUGUGUCAGUGAGUGUAUACCCACAGGAUAACCCGACCGCUGACAGCCGGCUGAAUCGCGAGCACCUACGCCAACAUUUUUCGCUCAUUGCCGAACUAUGCGUGGUGCGAGAUGGUGUGUUCUUUGACCAACAACAACAAUAACAACAACAACGGGAAGACUUGCAACGAUACCGGUGAUCCCUGCACGGACUUGGAGUCGCGAUCCAGCCCCGAAGGACAGCCAGGCGAGAACAUGUCGUCGCUGAGCGACGCUCACAGACGGAACAGCCAUUUGGAAGGCGACAGGAGUUCCUCGGCUGGUUCUUCAUUGGGUUCGUGUUCGCCACCGCCGGCAUCGAGCCACUCGCCACCGCCGCCCAGGCCGCCCUGGUUGCACGACUUCCACGCGGCCGCGGCGCCCCACGUCCUUCAGUUCCUCAACCUGAGCGCCGCCGGUGGUAGCAUGUUGGCUAGUCAACCUUUGGCGGCUCUUCAUUCCAUGGCGGAGAGAAGUCACCAUCAGCAACAUCAGCAGCAUCAGCAACAACAGCAACAGCAGCAGCAACAGCAGGCCCAUCAUCAGCAACAACAGCAGCCGGGUCUUCAGUUGCCCAGGAUCAGCGUACCGUUGUCCACGAUCACCCAGGGUCAGUCGUCGCCUACCGGAAGCGGUAAACACAGUCCAGCUACCUCCAUCACGUCCGUCGGGAGCAAUCCUCACGGGAUCGACACGAUACUAUCGCGACCGGCGGCCACGCAUCCUCAGGCACCGGUAUCCGCGGCCCACGCCGCGUUGCAACCGACGCCGCAUCCUCAGCACAUGACCGCGCCACGGUACAGCAUGCACGCGGGAUUCACAGCAUCAUCCGGUAUCGGACAAUUCCAACAAAGAACGGAACCACGGCAUCCUGCUGUCUAUUGGCCGGGUCUUCAGGGAUUAGUCAGCGAUCCUCUGGCAUGGCGAGCAAGACUACACACGCUGUCGCAACAGCUGGGUUGUCAGCAGACGAUGACAGGCUCAGGCGGUGCUGGGGAACACGAGGGUGGUAAGAAGAAACACACAAGGCCAACGUUCAGUGGCCAGCAAAUCUUCGCCCUUGAGAAAACGUUCGAGCAAACGAAAUACCUUGCGGGCCCUGAACGUGCUAAAUUGGCGUACGCCCUCGGCAUGUCCGAGUCCCAAGUCAAGGUCUGGUUCCAGAACAGGAGGACAAAAUGGCGGAAAAAGCACGCGGCCGAAAUGGCGACGGCGAAAAGGCGGCAAGAAGAGGUCGAGGGCGUCGUUGCGGAGGGUGAGGAUGGUUGCAGCGAUACGGAAACCGAUGGAAACAGCGAGACUGCAGCGAAGAGACUCAGAAGAGAGCUGGAACAACAAUACAGGCAUUAAAUAAUUGAAAUAAAAAAGACAUUCAUGGAGUAGAUUCCUCUUUUAAGCAGAGGGCAAGAUGGAUUCUAGCGACCAGAAUAUAGAUUAAUAAAUUUGGAAAUUUAGUCUUUCUAAUUUGUUACAUGAAUUUUGUGAUGUU